AUGUCCAACACGACGAAGAGGGACGGUGCAAACGCAUCAGCCGAUGCGAGAGAGGCGUCCAUCUUGUCCGCCGAGCGCGAUGCGUCUUCGUAUCAUCGCCCCACGUCACCUUAUGGGGAACUGGAGUCUCAUCCCAUGCCCGACACAGACAAGGCGAUGCACGUCCAGCGCUACUUGGUCACUCCUGAUGACCAAAGCACUGGUGCUGAUGGGCACGAAGAACCAGAUGGUACCGCGUCUGCAUUAAGUGCAUCGGCUAUCUCCGCAGCCAGUGGCCGCUUGUCCACACACGAGGACGAGUACCAGGCACCGCAUCAUAUGCAAGGCGGCGCUAUCACCGAGGACGUGUACCGCUGGGCACACCAAAACCGACCGCGCCCUCGUCGUUCAGAAAGCGUGUUUCUUCCACGCACGCGUGACCUCGACUCUGGCAUCGACUCUGACAUCUUGAAGCAGCCUGGCGGCUUUCGCCGUUCCUAUGUCAUGACGCAUGCAGCUGAACAAGGCAAGCCGCCGCCCCGUGCGCUCAAGAGCUUUGUCGAGUUCCUUAUGCUUUACGGUCACUUUGCUGGUGAAGAGCUGAACGACUAUGAACUAGACAUGGAUGAUGAUGACGAUGGGGAUGGCAAUAUGGAUGAAGAAGCGCAGACGGCUGCAAGUCCUUCGGAGACGACACCGCUAGUGCGUCGACGCCGGGUGCACGGUGCGAUUCCAUCGUUCCGUGGACGUCGUCGACACGAACACAAAGGCGAGGCAUCCGUGCUAGAUGCUGUACUGAUGCUUCUCAAGUCGUUUAUCGGCACAGGCAUUCUGUUCCUCGGCAAGGCGUUUUUCAACGGCGGUCUGCUGUUCUCAACAGUGAUCAUGUGCUUGAUCGCAGGAAUUUCUUUGUGGUCGUUUCUCUUACUCGUUCAGACAAAUCAAAAGCUGCAUGUUGGUUUCGGCGAGAUGGGUGGCAUUCUGUAUGGCUCAUACAUGCGCAAUGCGAUCCUUGCUUCUAUCGUAGUGUCGCAGUUGGGCUUUGUCGCGGCAUAUACGGUGUUUGUGGCGGAGAACAUGCAGGCACUAAUUCUGUCGCUCACGCAAUGCCGGACCCUGGUCUCACAUGCGACGCUCAUUGUGGCCCAGGCGCUUGUAUUCCUUCCACUGAGUCUUGUGCGCAAGAUUGCCAAGUUAUCAUCUACCGCAUUGAUUGCUGACGUGUUUAUUCUUGCGGGUAUUGUGUACCUAUUCUACUAUGAGAUUGGCUCUCUGGCCACUUACGGGUUCGGCGAUGUCGUCAUGUUUAACAGCAAAAACUUCCCUCUCUUUAUAGGCACAGCUGUGUUCACAUUUGAGGGGGUAGGACUUGUGAUUCCCAUCACGGAAAGUAUGAAAGAGCCAAGAAAGUUUCCCGCCACCUUGUCUUGGGUCAUGUUGGUUGUCACCGUUCUUUUUGCUGCUUCAGGUGCCCUCUCUUAUGCAACCUUCGGCAGCGAGACGCAGACUGUUGUCAUUACCAACUUGCCCGGCAAUUCGCGUUUCGUGCAGGCCAUCCAAGCCUUGUACUCCAUUGCUAUUUUGCUCUCGAUGCCAUUGCAGCUAUUCCCUGCGCUCACCAUUCUUGAAUUGGGCUUGUUCAAGCGUAGUGGCAAGUUUAGUCUGCGUACAAAGAUGCUUAAGAAUUCUUUCCGCUUUGCUACAGUGGUGCUUGCUAUGUUUGCUGCUUGGCUCGGCGCAAAUGAUCUCGACAAGUUCGUGAGCUUGAUCGGCUCCGUUGCGUGUGUGCCGCUGUGCUUCAUCUACCCUCCGCUCUUGCAUUUACGGGCAUGUGCAUUCACACACCGUGCAAAAGUAAUGGAUAUUCUGUUGUUCACCUUCGGCAUUUUUUGUGUCGUAUUUGCCGGAAGCCAAACACUCCAGUCGAUGUUGUCCGGCUCGAGCCCACCCAAACCCCCUGUUUGCGUGCCCCCUAAAUGA